GUAGCUCAGGGUGCGAUAUGAGCUUCAAGCAUCUGACCCUUCUUUGAAUCUCAUAUUUUGUGGGACUCGCAUGGAGGAGAACGACGCUCUCCUCCCGAGAGGAACCUCUGAUCUUCCGCGGCGGAAGCUGCAUGGAACCAAGAAGCCGCGGGUGCUGGUUCUCCAACGAGCUUUUCUCCCGGCGGACCAGCCUCCCGGCGGGGUUGCCGUGGAAACCGAGCUGGCUGUGUGGAUGCGGCGAAACGCUGUGGCGCGGCCUUUGCUGUCUGUCUGCGGAGGGAACUCACAACACCGACGUCAAGAUGAUGCUUUCAAGGGCCAAACCUGCUGUAGGCGGGGACGUCCAGCACACUGACAAAAGAAAGAAGAAAGGUAGGAAGACUCCAAAACUAGAGGAGCUCCUUUCACAAAGAGAUUUCACUGGAGCUAUUACCCUGUUGGAGUUCAAACGUCAUGUUGGGGAACAAGAAGAGGAUACUAAUUUGUGGAUUGGAUAUUGUGCCUUUCACCUUGGUGACUACAAGAGAGCUCUGGAGGAAUACGAAAAUGCUACAAAAGAGGAAAAUUGUAAUUCUGAAGUCUGGGUGAACCUAGCUUGCACCUACUUCUUUCUUGGGAUGUAUAAACAAGCCGAAGCUGCUGGAUUUAAAGCUUCGAAAAGCCGACUCCAAAACCGCCUCCUCUUCCACUUGGCUCACAAGUUUAAUGAUGAGAAAAAGUUGAUGAGCUUUCAUCAGAAUCUUCAGGAUGUCACAGAAGAUCAACUCAGUUUGGCCUCAAUCCACUAUAUGCGAUCUCACUACCAAGAAGCUAUUGAUAUAUAUAAGCGAAUACUGCUAGAUAACAGGGAAUACCUUGCCCUCAAUGUUUAUGUGGCCCUCUGCUACUAUAAAUUGGAUUACUAUGAUGUGUCUCAAGAAGUUUUGGCUGUUUACCUUCAGCAAAUUCCUGAUAGUACCAUCGCACUCAAUCUUAAAGCCUGUAAUCAUUUUCGCCUUUACAACGGCAAAGCAGCUGAGGCAGAACUCAAAAGCUUGAUGGACAAUGCUUCUUCAUCCUUCGAAUUUGCUAAAGAACUCAUCAGGCACAAUCUGGUUGUUUUCCGAGGAGGUGAAGGGGCUUUGCAGGUUUUACCUCCCCUGGUUGAUGUCAUUCCUGAAGCUAGGCUAAACUUGGUGAUUUACUACCUUCGUCAAGAUGAUGUACAAGAAGCUUAUAACUUAAUUAAGGAUCUGGAACCUACUACUCCUCAGGAGUAUAUUCUCAAAGGAGUGGUCAAUGCAGCCCUUGGCCAGGAAAUAGGUUCAAGGGAUCAUAUGAAAAUUGCCCAGCAGUUCUUCCAGUUGGUGGGAGGAUCAGCUAGCGAAUGUGAUACAAUACCAGGAAGGCAGUGCAUGGCUUCCUGUUUCUUCCUGCUUAAGCAAUUUGAUGAUGUCUUGAUUUACCUCAACUCAUUUAAGAGUUACUUCUAUAAUGAUGACAUCUUUAACUUUAAUUAUGCCCAAGCCAAAGCUGCAACAGGCAAUACCAGUGAGGCUGAAGAGGUGUUCCUCUUGAUCCAAAGUGAGAAGAUGAAAAAUGAUUACAUUUACCUCAGCUGGUUAGCUCGGUGCUAUAUUAUGAAUAAGAAACCAAGACUAGCCUGGGAACUUUAUCUCAAGAUGGAAACCUCUGGCGAGUCCUUCAGUCUCUUACAGCUCAUUGCUAAUGACUGCUACAAGAUGGGCCAGUUUUACUAUUCUGCCAAAGCUUUUGAUGUCCUCGAGAGGCUGGAUCCCAACCCUCAAUAUUGGGAAGGCAAAAGAGGUGCCUGUGUGGGCAUUUUCCAGAUGAUCUUAGCUGGGAGAGAACCUAAAGAGACCCUUCGAGAAGUGGUCCAUUUACUGAGAAGCACAGGUAACACCCAAGUAGAGUACAUCAUCCGGAUCAUGAAGAAAUGGGCCAAAGAAAACAGAGUACCCAUCUAAGAUAGCCCCAGCAUCCUAGGAACCAGCUUCCACUUUGACAUAAAGCUGGAAAUUAUUUUUACUCGUUUAAUCUGUGAUACAGGGCUCUGUUUUAUUGACAUUUUCCCUCCUUGCUUUUUAAGCCUCAAGGUCAGUGACUGACUUGCUGAGACAUAGUCUCCUGGCUGAGCAGAGUACCAUAGUCUGUGACCCUGUAUGAUCCUUCUAGCAGUAAGACUUUGGGCUUGUCUGGUGCCUUUCUUCCAGAAAUGCUCAGGGUACUUUUAUGUAAUUUACUGACUUUAAGGAAAACAGUAUAACUUUUUUUUUUGUUAGCAUUUUAUGGCAUUGUCUCCUGACUGCAAUAACAAAUGUCUUUGAUGUGCAAGAAUCAGCAUCAUUCUGUCAUUUAGCUUCCAGGCAUCUCUGUACAUUAUCCCAUUUUAUUGGGGAAUUUCUUAAAGGGUUUUAUAAAUGCAUCUCUAAAUCUGGGGAGAAUAACUAGCCAUGUGAUUCCAAGAAUGGCAGUAAGCUCCUUUAUCAAACUGCCUAGUCACUAAUGGGAUAGAUUUAUAGGAUGACUGUUUCAGUAAUUAAAUUGUUGAUGAUAAGAGCAUGUUACAGUGCAGUAAGAUGAGUAUUGCAAUUUUUUAAAAGGUGAGUACUAUGAAAAAAAUUGCAGCACCUCUAAAGUUAUUCAAGAAACAAUGUUUAUGAAUUUCACUAGUCCAUUAUAGCUUCGUAUCAUCAUAUUUUAGGUAACAAAGCAGGUUAGGUUUUUCUUAAUGUAUCUUGCUGAACAAACAUCAGUUUUGAAAGUAAGGCUACAGUGAUUAUUUAUAUGCAUUGUGGGCACUUAUUAAUUAAUGUAAUGAUAAUAAAACAUGAAUUCUGUAAAGUCCUUUGAGGGACCUCCUAAUGGCUAGGCUGUCUGUCAUAAGUCAUAUUCCACACCCAUGUUUCUUUUUU